GUGGCCAUGUGGCAUACUUUGGAGUGGUGAAUGCAUUCGUACAUUGCGUGAUGUACUUCUAUUAUCUUCUCACAGCUUUCAAGCCUGAAUACAAGAACUCCAUCUGGUGGAAGAGGCAUAUCACAGAAAUGCAGCUGGCUCAAUUUGUGAUAGUGACAGUACACGCUGCCAUCAACGUACUUAACCCCUACUGCACGUUCCCGAAACUUCUCAUCGCACCGCUCCUGCCACAAGGCAUUUUCAUCUUCCUCCUUUUCUGGGAUUUCUACAAGAAGACCUAUCUCCAGAAGAAAGUCGAAGAGUGAACAGUUACUCACUUUCAACUGUCAGCAUUCCUUGAAUGGGGAAGCUUCGAUGUUAUUCUAAAGGCAUGCUGACAGAUUAAAGUGAAAGUCGUCGAAUGAGCUAUAUAGUGAGAUUCACUCUAAACUGUCAGCAUUUGUUGAAUGAGAAGCAUUGAUACUAAAUUAGUUAUUCUCAAUGAAUUCUGACAGGUUGGAGUGGAUCUUACUAUACAUUUUAUUGGGAUGAUCCAUAUAUAAAUCAUCCGUAGAAAAAUGUUGAGAACUUUUGAAUAUUCAGACGAAAGUUGAGGAGUGAGUUUGAUGAAUAGAGUCAUUCUAUUUCUUAUCUGCAAAGUAACUUUGAUAAUUGAACUAAUCGAUGAAGGCUUCAUUGAAGCUCUUUGAAAGUUUGAAAUUCUAUUUGAGAUGCAAUAAACGUUUUUAUUCUGUAAGAUAAUAAGUCAAUUAUGAGAUAAGAGUGAUUCCUAGUUUGGUUUUUCACUGAGUGAUUUAUUAUUGUUUAUCAAGAUGUUUAAAUGCUUAAAGAGGAUAAGCUUUAUCAAAUUAGAAAAACUUUUCAAGUUUGCUCUGAUCUCUCGUAAAGUAGUCGUAUAGGUCUAUUUAUUUCCCAAUCCUCUAAUAAUGUUCUAUCAAUUGCAAUACUGUACUAUAUAUGAGAAGUGUUUAGAAGAGAAGAGAAGAGUUUAUUUAUGAUGCACUGGCUCCUUCAAGAAAUGUGGAUACGUUGAUAUGAUCUGUUGCUAUGAUAGAGAUUACUAUUAUGAAAAAAAAUUUAUAAGUCUACUUUUCUGUCUCAUGUGAUAAAAUACUAUAUUAUUGUGAAUAUUGAAUCUUCAUGGAUUUUGGAUUUCAUAACUCACUGAGAGUAGAUUUGUUAUUAUUUCAUGCUAUAUCAAUAUUAUGAUCCUAUUAUCUAUCUUCUCCAUAUUAUAUUAUCAAAUAUUAUGGAACAAGUUUUUGUUUUGUUAUUAUGAGUUCGGUUGAAAAUUUAUUGGAUGAAAUUACAACAGCUUCAUAGUAUCUUAUGAUGCUGCCGCAAUUUUGUUUCAGGCAUAGAAUACUUUCGAAUAAUUUGAAAAACAGGAUGAUCUCAACAGGGAAAAAAUUGUACUGAGAAAAAAUCGAACGUAGAAAUCGUUACACUAGGGAAACUGUAUUAUACAAAAUUGGAAAUAAAUGAUAUUUUUUCUACAA